AUGUGUCCGCAGUCAGCUGCCCUGUUUCCGGAUAAGCACGUGGCGCUCUGGCAGAGCUUGCAGUCGACAUUCAAAAACGAUGCGUUCUUGCACGAAACUGUGAGCCUGCUCUCCGGGGCCGUACAGAUUCCGACGCAGACAUUUGAUGACAUGGGAACGGUUGGCGAAGACGCUCGCUGGGAGCCAUUCAAUCGCUUUCGUGAGUAUCUUCUGUCCUCCUUCCGCAUCCUCACCCAUAACACAGCUGAAAUGGUCAAGGUGAACACUUAUGGACUUGUUUACAUUUUGAAGGGAUCAGACGAGCACAUCAAGCCUCUGCUCUUAACGGGCCACUCUGAUGUUGUUCCCGUCAAUCCCGAUACAUAUGAUACCUGGACGCCUCCUCCUUUUUCAGGAUUCUACGACGAUAAUAAGGCAGGAAAGUAUCUUUGGGGGCGGGGCAGCAUGGAUGACAAAGCAAGUUUGAUCGGCAUUCUGACUGUCAUUGAGACCUUGUUGGGAAGAGACUUCAAGCCUGCUCGAACUCUUGUGUUGGCAUUCGGUUUCGACGAAGAGAUCAAUGGAGUUCAGGGUGCCUCCUCGAUCGGCGAAUAUCUCUUGUCCAGGUUCGGUGAAAAUUCGUUCGCAAUGCUACUUGACGAAGGAGGCGUGAUCUUGGACCAGUACGGUGGAACGUUCGCAUUCCCUGCUAUAGCGCAAAAAGGUUACUUCGACAUGCGUAUCGAGGUCAAUGCUCCAGGAGGACACUCAAGCGUACCUCCAGUCCACACGACUAUUGGCAUGCUGGCGGCGAUGCUCGUGCGAUAUGAGAACAACCCCAUGAAGUUACUGUUCCGGCGAGACUCACCAAUGUAUAUUCACGCUCAAUGUCUCGCCGCACACGGGCCGAGGUUCCCUGUGUCAAUGCGCGAGGCAUUACAAAAGUCGAUAACCUCGGACAAGGCGCUGCGCCGCGCAGAAGGGAUGUUGUUGAAGAUCCGUUCAUUCAAGGCUCUGGUCAGUACGACACAGGCCGUAGACGUCAUCAACGGUGGAGUCAAGUCAAACGCACUUCCCGAGAAUGCGAUGGCGAUCGUCAACCACCGGAUAGCCGCCGACAGCUCAGUAGACGAAGUGAAGCAGCACGCCACUCAGCUCCUAAAAGAUCUUGCUGCCGAGUUCAACCUCCCAUACAAUGCUUUUGACACGAACAUAUUUAACGACGGGGCAAGCUAUGGCAAUUUAACUCUCAGCGAUGCAUGGGGGAUGGGGUUCGAGCCUGCGCCGAUCACCCCGACUGGCGUCGAUGACGUGCCAUUUCAACUGUUGUCCGGUACUAUCAAAGCCACACAUAUGUCUCACCGCUCGCUCUUGCAGUCAGCCCUAUACUACCUGAAGCUCGCACCCCACGCGUUUCGCUAUAUUCAUUAUGACGCAGGUAACGGGGCCGAGAUGUAA